UCAGAAGCUGACGACCCAACAGGAGACUGAGCGUCAGACGCUUCAAUCCCUGCGAGGGAGCGGAGCUCUAACAGGGACGUUUCUCUCCACAUCAUCCCUGCCAGCAGGUGCAAUUCAUGAUGUGGAGACCCCCCCUUCUACCUCUCAUGCAACCCAUUCCUCAUUGUUACAACAUGUCCUUCUAUUGGAGCAGGCCCGACAACAGACUGCGAUGCUAGUCCCCAUGUACAAUCAAUCCCCGCUUGUCUCAGCAGAGAGAUGUGUCAGCACCAGUAUGAGGCCCAUCAACAAGCUGCCUCGGCACCGACCACUGGCCCGCACACAGAGCGCACCUUUACCCCAGUCCCCCCAGGCCCUGCAGCAGCUGGUGGUCCAUCAGCAGCACCAGCACUUCCUGGAGAAACACUACAAAAUACUGUCGAAGGUGGCAGACCUGCCCAGACCACCACCCACCCACCCAGAGGAGAUCGAAGAGGAGCUAACAGAGACCAGUGACAUGCAGGAGGAUGAAGAUCCAGGUCUUAACAGACUCCAGAAGGAGGGAUCUGACGACAGCACGCAUUCAUCGGAGCAGCAUGACAUGCCUGUGAAGGGCAAGGAAGAACCAAGGAACAUUCACAUUAAAGGGGAGAGCACAGACAGCGAUCUGGAUGAGGAGGACGAGGACGUCAUACAACUCAGGGAGAGCGAGGAGGAGAAGGGGAGCUACUUUCAGCAAUCUUUGCAGCAGCUAGGCUUGUUCCAGUCCUCAUUGACCCACAGGCCGCUGGGAAGAGCUAAGUCCUCGCCUGCGACUGGCAUUGUUCCCAUCAAACACCUCUUCACGACGGGCCUUGUUUACGAUGGUCUGAUGCUGAAACAUCAAUGUUUAUGUGGCAAUGCUCACAUACAUCCAGAACAUGCUGGGAGAGUCCAAAGUAUCUGGUCCAGACUGCAGGAGACAGGCCUACUGAGCCGGUGCGAGAGGAUUCGUGGGCGGAAAGCGUCUCUGGAUGAGAUCCAGUCGGUCCAUUCAGAGUUCCACACACUCCUGUACGGAACUAGCCCACUUAAUCGGCACAAACUGGACCACAAGAAGCUUCUGGGUCCUAUCAGUCAGAAAAUGUAUGCUGUCCUUCCCUGUGGGGGCAUCGGGGUGGACAGUGACACCGUAUGGAACGAGAUGCAUUCAUCAGCCGCUGUCCGCAUGGCUGUGGGCUCAGUCAUUGAACUGGCCUUCAAAGUGGCUGCAGGGGAGCUGAAGAAUGGCUUUGCAGUGGUGCGUCCACCUGGUCACCACGCUGAGGAGUCCACAGCCAUGGGCUUUUGUUUCUUCAACUCAGUAGCCAUCACUGCCAAGCUGCUGCAGCAGAAACUUGGAGUUGGGAAGAUCCUCAUUGUGGACUGGGAUAUUCACCAUGGCAAUGGCACUCAGCAGGCCUUCUACAACAACCCCAGCAUUCUCUACAUCUCCCUCCAUCGCUACGAUGAUGGAAACUUCUUUCCUGGAAGUGGAGCUCCUGAGGAGGUGGGCUCAGGUGCAGGUCUUGGCUUUAAUGUGAACAUAGCAUGGACCGGGGGGGUGGAGCCACCUAUGGGGGAUGUGGAAUACCUGACUGCCUUCAGGAGUGUGGUCAUGCCUAUUGCCCAGCAGUUCAGCCCAGACGUGAUCCUGGUGUCUGCGGGAUUUGAUGCAGUGGAGGGUCAUCAGUCUCCUCUGGGGGGCUACAAUGUCUCCGCCAAGUGUUUUGGCCAGUUGACGCAGCUCCUGAUGGCUCUGGCAGGCGGGCGGGUUGUGAUGGCACUGGAGGGUGGCCAUGACCUGACUGCCAUCUGUGACGCAUCGGAAGCAUGCGUCUCUGCAUUACUGGGAGACCUGUGCGACUCUGACUUUCAGUGGCCUCAGGAGACACCGUGUCCUAAAGCCUGCUCAUCCCUGGAGACAAUCAUCGAGAUUCAGAGUAAACACUGGUCCUGUCUCCAGAGUUUGUCUCUGACCAGCGGACAAUCGCUGCUUUUGGGGCAUCAGGGCCAGUCAGAGAAGGAUGAGGCUGAAACGGUCAGCGCCAUGGCGUCACUGAGUGUUGAUGUGGAUCAGCCCAGUUCAGUUGGUGAAAUCACAGAGAACAGCAGGUCUACUGUGGAGCCAAUGGAGGAGGAGCCUGUCUUGUAG